AUGCAGCCUGCAGCAGCAGCAGCAGCAGCAGCAGCAGCAGCAGCAGCAGCAGCAGCAGUAGCAGCAGCAGCAGCACAGCAGCAGCAGCAACUGCAGCAGCAGCAGCAGCAGCAACUGCAGCAGCAGCAGCAACAGCAGCAACACCAACAACAACAACAACAACAACAACAACAACAGCAGCAGCAGAAACAACAGCAAAAGCAGCAGCAGCAGCAGCAGCAGCAGCAGCAGGAGCAGCAAAUACAUCAACAGCAGCAACUGAAACAGCAGCAGCAGCAACAGCAGCAGCAACAGCAGCAGCAGCAGCAGCAGCAGCAUACUCUUGCAUGCAUUUUCAUGCGUGAAGUUUUUCUGACAGCAGCAGCAGCAGCAACAGCAGCAGCAGCAGCAACAGCAGCAGCAUAUGAGGAACAGUUUAUAUAUUUAUUCGAGCAACAGCAGCAGCAACAGCAGCAACACCAAGAGCAGCAGCAGCAGCAAAGCAAGCACCAGCAGCAGCAAAGCAAGCAGCAGCAGCAGCAAGACAAGCAGCAGCAGCAGCAGCAGCAGCAAUACCAUGAGGAGCAGCUGAUAUAUUUGUUCUAA